CCGCAACUUUACUUAGCUUAUCUGGAACAAGCGGUCGACAGGACUAGUAACAAAAUGGUCGACUUUGACGGCGCUCUGGAGUACCUCGGGGCUUUUGGCAAGUACCAGAAACUCAUCUACUGUCUAACAUGUGUUCUGACGUUGCCGGUAUCUUUCCACAUGCUUGCGAUGACGUUUUUGGACGCCAAGGUGGCGUUCCACUGUGCCGUCCCGGAGAUACGUCACGCCGAGCCUGGGACGGAGAACUACAGCUGUGCGCUCAACUACUCCAUACCCUGGGAACAAGACCAAGAAACAAAAGACUGGCAGUUUUCGGGAUGUGACAGAUAUGACGUCACGAACGAGAGCCUGGCAGCAAUCGACUGUCCGUUUGAUGCCGUCAAUGCGACAACUCUUGGCUACUUCGAUGGCGUGAACACGUCAUCCUGUAACCAUGGUUACUGGUACGACAGGAGCCAGUAUCACAGCAGCAUCUUCACUGAGUUUGACCUGGUUUGUGACAGCAAUGAGCUGAACCAGUUCGCCCAGUCCAUGUACAUGGUAGGGGUGCUGCUUGGAGCUGUGGGUUUUGGACAACUAUCAGACAUGAUUGGCAGGAAGAAAACCCUCUUCAUCGGCCUGUUCCUCCAGUUGGGUUUUGGCGUCGCUGUUGCGUUUUCCCCGAAUUACACAUUCUUCGUCGUGUUCCGAGCUCUUGUCGGUGCAACAACGUCUGCUGUGUUCCUCCCAGGCUUUGUCAUAGGUACAGAACUCGUGGCUCCCAGCAUGAGAACAUGGGCAGGAACUCUCAUACAGAUCUUCUUCUCCAUCGGUUUUAUGCUCCUGGCUCUCCUGGCGUACCUCAUCAGGGACUGGAGGACUUUACAACUUGUCAUCAGUUUACCGAAUGCAGUCUUUAUCUUUGCUUAUCCCCUGAUCAUUGAGUCUCCAAGAUGGCUGCUGUCCAAAGGUCGUGACGAGGAAGUGGCCGCCAUUAUGCGGACAGCCGCCAAGGUCAAUGGGGUCACACUGCCAGAUGAGGUUUUCACAACCAAGAAAGUCGAGGUUAAAGUCGAGGACAACGAGCCGAAAGAUGAGAGGACUCAUACGAUCAUCGACCUGGUGCGGACACCCAACAUGGCCAAAAAAUCUGUGCUGAUUUUCUUCAACUGGCUGGUGAUCACACUAGUGUACUACGGUCUGUCCCUCAACACCUCCAACCUGGGAGGGGACGACUACCUCAACUUCUUCAUCGGCGGUGUGGUGGAAAUACCGGCUUACAUAACGUCUAUCUAUAUCGUAGAUACGCUUGGAAGACCAAAGACACAUGCCGGUUACAUGAUGAUCGGAGCUGUGGGCUGUAUAGUAUGUCCAUUCCUUACGGCACCGUUCCUACCGGAAAGUCUGAACCCUCUGUCCAUCACCAUGGCCAUGAUUGGUAAGUUCGGCGUCACUGCUGGCUUCAACCUCAUCUACAUUUGGACGGCGGAACUGUAUCCAACUAUGAUCAGGAAUGUGGGAGUGGGAGCCUCGUCCAUGUUCGCACGUGUAGGCGGGAUCAUCUCACCGUACGUGGAGCUGUCCAAGAGUGUGUGGGGUCCUCUCCCGUAUAUCAUCUUCGGGGCGCUGUCCUUCCUGGCCGCCCUGGCAGCGCUGCUUCUCCCGGAGACGCUCGGCGCAGAGCUUCCCGUCACCCUGGAGGAUGGGGAGAACUUCGGAAAGAAAAAACCGAAACGUCCUAAGAACUACGAAGCUACCGAGAGCAAAGUAAACCAGGCGUACUCCCAUGAUGCACCUGACACUGCAGAAAAUGGUUUCACCUCAAAGCAGCCGAACAUGGAGGUGACAUCAUUGUGAACUGGAGUUCAGCUGUCGGAGACAAUAUUCAUUGUAUAUUCAUAUUAUAGCGCUCUUGUUGUGUAUGUGCGAUUUCUUGCUGAUUAAACCUUGUAAAUUUGAUAAUUGAAGAAAAAGAUCACAUUUAUGAUUAUUCACGUUAAAGUAUUAGACAAUGUACCGUCUGCCACCUUCGGGGCUACACCUGCUAAUCUCCAAGCAGAUCCCACGGUGCCAUAAGAUAGUAUCAAAGGAGUAUAGCCGACCAAAAUGGGCACAGUUUGACUCCCUUUGGCCGGCUGUACUCCUUGGCUAGUUUUGAUACUAUUUUAUGGCACCGUAGAAUUUGCUUGGAGAUUAACACCUGGCUCAAAUUGCACUGCAGCAUAGGCGUCGCUGCUUAUGGAUGCGGUCCCAAACGUUAAGUAUUUACGUAUAUAUUCUAUCAGGUGUAUAAUGGCUUUUACGCCCCAGGUCAAACUUGCUUCACAUGCGGAUGUGGAAGCAUUCUUCUUUUGCACAGGAUUUAAAAAAAAAGGCUCAUGUUCAUCACUCAAUCACUCAAGUUUAUUGUCGACGUGCCAUUUUUUUCAAUUCGGUGCAUACACGUUUGCAGAACAGAAAUGUUCGUACUAAUAGAAACAUCUGUACGCUGUCUUCCAUUUCUAUUGUUGAUGCUGUGAUGUGAUGGAUAAUGUUAGAAUGUCUAUGAAAUGAUAUUAUGACAACCCAUGCCGAUUAAUUUGAUGCUAAUUAACCUUGGCAUUAAUUGUAAGCUGAAUCGAAAAGCUUGUUCUUUUUACAAAUCUCAAAACCCUAAUAAACCAAUAUAUCCAAUAUAAGUAUUUUUUAGAAACAGAUCAUCAUAAUUAACGGUUGUUAUUGAAGGAUAAGAACUAUGAACUAGUCAAUGAUUUACAUCGAU